AUGGUGGAAGACAACAAGGAAGGAUGGAGGAACGAGUUGGAAAGCAUAGCUCGGCAUCCAUAUUUUCUCCUUCUGAGAAAACUCUCUCGAUGCAAAAGCCUGCCCCUGAGCAUGUCCUGGAUCUUACACAAAGUAGAGGAGACACAGCGCACCACCAUGUGCUGUGGAGAUGUGCUGGUACUGAGGACACUGGCCAUGGAGCAUGGCAACGGCCAAAAUGGCAAGAAGCUGGUGGCCACAAAGAAGAUGAAAAAGUCUCUGGGGUCAAUCAACUCUCACCUCCAGCUUGUUAUGAAAAGUGGAAAGUGCGUGCUGGAGUACAAACAGACUCUGAAGAUGAUCAGACAAGGCAAAGCGAAGUUGGUUAUCCUCGCCAACAACUGCCCAACUUUGAAGAAAUCUGAAAUAGAAUACUAUGCCAUGUUGGCUAAAACUGGAGUCCAUCACUACAGUGGCAGUAACACUGAAUUGAGCACAGCGUGUGGAAAAUACUACAGAGUAUGCACACUGGCUGUCAGUGACCAGGGUGAUUCUGAUAUUAUUAGAAGCAUGCCAGAACAGAGUGGUGAGAAAUAA